AUGGCGUUAGGACUCAUAAGAAAGUUUAAUCAUUAUAAUAUUUUAAUUGUGUCGGUUUGUGUAUGUUGGAGUACAGCCGUUGAUAUAACUGUUCUGACAAAUGUUGGAAAUAUAACUGGUUCUAUUGAAGAUGUAAAUGUUGGUCCAAACACAGUAAAAAUAUCAACAUAUCUGGGUAUACCGUUUGCUGAACCACCAAUCGGCAGUCUCCGGUUUUCUAAGCCACGACCAAAGCCACAAUUCAACGAAUUUUUUUUAGCUAGAAACUAUAGCGCCUCCUGUCACCAAUUCAAGCCAUUCUGGGAUACCAGCACAGAUAACGAUUAUCAAAAUGAAGAUUGUCUGUACCUAAACGUUUUUAGUCCUGAUAUUGAUCAAAGCGGUAAAAGGUACGCUGUACUUGUAUGGAUUCAUGGUGGAUCCUUCCUUUUUGGUGCCGGUAGGAUGAGACCAUGUAACAUUCUAGCAGCCUAUGGUCAGGUUAUUGUAGUUUCUAUCAAUUAUCGUCUUGGGGUUUUCGGCUUCUUAAGUUCUGAAAACAGUGCCGCGGGUGGGAAUUAUGGACUUUGGGAUCAACAUCUUGCUCUGAAAUGGGUUAAAAAUAAUAUUGCGGGUUUUGGAGGCGAUACUACAAAAAUUACGGUUUUUGGAGAAUCGGCUGGUUCGGCAGCUGUUAUGUUCCAGGCUAUCUAUCCUGAAAGUGGUUAUAAUUAUACAGUUGUCAUUAAUUAG